CUUCAUCGAUGAUACCUGAGUCGAGCUAUUUGGGGAGGAAGGAGCUGGGCGUUGUAGAGUUUUUGGAGAAAACAAGUUAUGCCGUGGGAGUUGGAGAAAACACCUGCUGCUCAUUCAGUCCAUUGAGUUUGGUGUACGUAGCAAUAACAAAAUGUAUAAAUAUUUGAAAGAGUCAGGCAUGACUGUGAAGACAUGUGCCAGAUCUAUGUCAUCCAUCCUUUUCUCAAAUAGUGUUCGUGAUAUCUUUGCUUCAUUAUCAUGGUCCCCACGUGCUUUUAGCUCAUUCCGCAGUAAUUCCCAUUGUAAUGGUUUCAAUGGUUCUUUUGCCUCUCACUUUUCACUUUUUUGUACAUCUGAGGUCAUGGGACAUCAGGAUGGGAGUUCAGAAAAGGGUACUCAUUUGAUCCAUCGAAAGAGUGAAGCUGAUGCCAUUUAUGAGAUUAUAUGUAAAAGCAAAGUCAGUGAUCAGAAUGAGUUGGGCAGGUUGUUGAAGGAGAGUGGGAUCUUCUUGUCUAAUCAAUUGGUCGAUGAGGUUUUGAGGAAGGCGAGGUUUGGUCAUUGUAAUGGAUUGCAAGUUUUGGAGUUCUUCUCUCUGGCAGGUCGAAGGAGAGGAUUCUUUCAUAGUGCUGAUUCUUAUGAUAACAUGCUUUACAUAUUGGGGAGGAUGAGGCAGUUUGACAAGUUGUGGGGCUUGUUGAAGGAGAUGCGCCGCAAGGACUGUUCCUUGAUCACGACAAGGACUAUGCAAGUGGUUCUUGCUAGGAUUGCCAAGGUGUGCUCUGUGAGGACUACAGUUGAUAGCUUCAAUAGGUUUAGGAAGUAUUAUCCUGGGGAAUUUGAUACGGACUGUUUCAAUGCCUUGAUUAGGACACUUUGCCAAGAAAAGAGAAUGGAUGAUGCUAGAAAUGUCUUCCACAACCUGAAGCAUGAGUUUCGGCCAAAUCUUCACACGUUUAACAUUCUCUUGUCUGGUUGGAAGACUGUAGAAGAGGCGGAGAGCUUCUUCAAAGAGAUGACUCAGCUGGGGUGCAGGCCGGAUAUAGUCUCAUACAACUGCUUGGUCGAUGUUUUGUGCAAGAACAAGGAAAUGGAGAAGGCUUACAAAACCCUAGCUGAAAUGAGGGAGAUGGAGAUCUACCCGGACUUGCUGACAUACACCAGUAUUGUUGGGGGCUUGGGGUUGGUUGGUCAGCCUGAUAAGGCUUGUGAUAUUCUCAAAGAAAUGCAGGAACAUGGUUGUGGUCCUGAUGCAGCUGCUUAUAAUGCUGCCAUACGGAAUUUUUGCAUUGCUAGAAGGCUAGGGGACGCUUAUACACUACUUGAUGAAAUGGUAGAGAAGGGCGUGUCUCCAAAUGCUACGACUUAUAAUCUCUUCUUCCGGUGUUUCUAUUGGUCAAACAACUUGUCAAGUGCAUGGAUCUUGUACCAGAGGAUGAUGAGAACGGGAUGCCUACCUCAUACCCAAUCAUGCAUGUUCCUCGUGAAAAUGUUCCGCAGGCAGGAGAAAGCAGAAAUGGGCCUCACACUUUGGAAUGACAUGAUCGAGAGGGGAUUUGGUUCUUGUAUCCUUGUCUCAGAUAUUUUGUUUGACAUGCUAUGUGAUCUUGGAAGGCUGCUCGACUUGGAGAGGUGCUUCCUUCAAAUGCUUGACAUGGGUCUGAAGCCUAGUAAUGUCUCUUUCAAGAGAAUGAAGGUCCUCAUGGAACUAGCAAACCAUACAGAGGGACUUAGGAAACUAACUGAAAAAAUGGAGAGCUUGGGGCAACAGGCUUUUGCACAACAACUAUAAAUGGAACAACAAUCUUUAUCUCAUAUUAUUAAUUACUUUGGCAUCCAAUAUCUGUGCACCUUGUUAGUACCACCAAGUUGAAGGAUGAGAUGGAUCCUGGCCAAUAACUGUUUAUGUCUUAGCACAUGGUCGAGGGUGGAAACUUGCAAUGGGCAAUGGAGAUCUCAAAGGUUUUGCUUACUGAAGGCCUGCCGAAGUAAACAAGUGAUGGUAGGGCCUCUUCUGAUGACUUAGGGAAAAAAUUGAAGCUGUGCGUUUUUUGAGAAUGUAUUCUAGAUUGCCAAUCCGUGUUGCUAUUGUCCAUUUAUGCUUUCAUGUAUGUGGCUAUAUCAACAUUUUGUUGAGCAAAUCAUAUGCUGAAAUUCAUAUUGACAAUGGUAUCCUAGAUUUUACGUGAACUAUAUCCUCAAUGGUCCUAUAGUUUUUCUGUUUGCGUGGCCAAUCACAGGCAGAUACUAUCUUUCUUUAUCUACUUGAACUUUGUGUUUAUUUAUAUUCGUUUAUGUUGUAUGACAAAUAAGUUGUCCUUAUUCCUUUACGGGGUGUGCCUUAUCCUCUUGGUGGGAACCUGCUCAUUGAUGCCAUUUUUAUGUUGUAGGUAUGGUUUCAGGCGUUCAGCAGAUAGUGUUUUCUUUCUUCUCUUUUUGGCUUGUUAGAAAUAUUGUCAAUUUCUAUCUACCAAGAUGAAUAAACAAGAGGAUAUAGGGCUAUGGUAUUAGAAAGAAGAUGUAGAAAGAUUUAUGUAUGAAUCACAAUAGAUAUUGCUUUUCAAUCUACAAUCCACCACAUGAUUUAUGUGUGAAUUUGGACGGUUUUAGAACUUAAAUGUUUAUCUCUCUUCUUAAUUGUAAUUUACUGUUUUGCAAAUUGUUGGUAUAUGACAUUGUGAUAACUAUCAUUCUUGGGUUCUUAAGGGUGAGGUUUUUCUCAAGUAUUUUUCGGCAAAGUUGUUUUCCAUGAGAAAAUUUCAGAAAAAUUUUGGUAAUUUAAAAAGUUCCUAAAAAUUAGAUAAAAAUAAGAUAAAUGAGAAAUUAAUAAGAAAACAUAAAUGAUAACUAGAGAAAAUGAUAAAAAUCAUGUUUCUGUAAUAAAUGUCACAAAUAUCAUGAGGUUUUUGAAAAUCACGCGAUCUUUACCAGAAAAUGAAAUAAAACGAAAGAAUAGGAAAAAAUCUUGAGAUUUUGAAAAUCUUGCCAAAAAUAAAAAUCUCGUGAAUUUCUGACGAAUUUAUCACGAUUUUUUCUUGGGAUUUUAAUAUUUUUCAUUUUUUUAGUUUUAAUGUUUUUAUGAUUUUUUAAUUUUAAAAAAUUGUCAAGAUUUUCUCGAGAAGAACUUUGCUGAAAGAUACCCGAGAAAAACUAUGCCGAGAUUUUUCUAAGGGCGAUAUUUGUGGCAAUGUUAGUAAUGUAUAAAGAUAAAUAAUUUAACCUAACUUCUAAACUUUAAAGACAAAUAACGUAAAAGUAACACCAAAAGAUGUGAUCAAAAUGCAAAAAAAUGCGUUGAAUUCAUUUUGGCAUUUUUUUUCAAGAGACACAAAAAGUUGGGUUUUUUUUUAAAAAUCUUUUUUAACAUAAAUAUCAGGUCUUCUUCAAAAAAGACGUGAUAUUCGUUGCAGUGGUAUAUGAUAUUAGUUCAAAUUUCCUAUCCAGGUAGAAGCUAGUAGUAGAACUGGAUGUUUUUCAGUCUACACUACACACAUUUGUGCUGAAGGUUUUGAUUAUCAUUUCUCUUGGGUACCAAUUUGGAUUGUGAGUCUAAAAGCGAACCAUUGUGUUGACAAAUGUCACUAGUAAUCACCUUGUUUCAAAUUGCAUUAUCUGGGUGAGCUUAAGCCUUAACUGCAGUUCUACGACAGCUAUUCUUUGGUGGUAUUCUUUGCGUCCUCUUUAAGCAAGAAGUUUUGGGCUCACAUCUAGCUUUGUUUGGUUUUGUGUUCUUGACAAUGUUCCUUAAAGUAGCAGUUGGGAUUGCUGAAGAGUUCUUAUGUGCAUAUCCUAUGUAUAUAUAAUAGCUAGUUCCUUUCUUGUUGCUCAUUGUUUCAAAUUGGGAUAUUCCUCAUUGACGGGCUUAACAGGAAAAGUGGUAGAACUGGAACUUGCCAUGAUACAGAAAAAGUGGUGAAUUUAAGUGCAGAUAAAAUGUGAAUCUAACUUGCCGUAGAGUCCAUUGUUUCAUAUGGCUGAUCAUGCAUCUACUCUAUUCAGACACAGUUUUCUUCUACUUGUUUCAUCUAUGAAGAGUCUACGGGUGAACUCUUGAGUCUUGACAAAGCUUGAUAGACAGCAAACAUGAAAUGACUGAAGAUAUGACAAAAUAAGAGUAAAAACAAUGUCCAUGGUAGACGACGAGCAUUUGGAUGGACUGCAAGGUGAGUUCUAUUAUAGAGGAUCAACCUUGUUCUUGUACUGAGUGGAUGUUAUCUGUUGCCACAAAUUAACUACAGUAGAUCUCUCAAUUUCCAACAGGCAUGUACACUAUUCUGAUUGUUACUUAGUUUCAUGUCCUCUGAACAUGUUGCAUCUCAUUCUUGUUUUUUAAUGCUUGACAUUUUACAGGGAACAAUAGCUUCUGUUGGGAAACGCCUCCAAGUUGACAGGAUAGAAUGACAUCUUUCCUUGGUUUUUUAACAUACAAUCAAACCAGCCAUUAUAUAUUUCAGCAUGCAUUAGUUCUUCAGUCUUCAGAUGGCUGCGUAGCUCGAAUCGUUGUAUUACAUGUUUCAUUCAGUUACAGAUCCUAUACUGAUAAACAAUAUUCUAUUGAUCUUUCCUUAUUAAUUCUUGAACGAAA